AUGCCCGGAGAGUCGGCCUCGAGCCCCCCGGGGCUGCAGCUGGAGGCCGCCCCCCCGGGGGACGCCGCCGCCACCCCGAUGCCCACCAAGGAGGAGGCCCGCCCGCAGCCUGAGGGGGCCAGCUGCGACGCGGCCCCCGGCCCCUCCGCCCCUGACGUGGCCGAGCACGGCCCCCCCGCCAAGGGCUGCCGCCCCCCCCCGCCACCACCUCCGCCACCACCACCACCGGCCCCCCCCGCCCUGCCCGCCGACCCCCUGGACACCCGCAUCGUCAUGGGCGAGGAGACGUGCUGCCCCCCCAAAACCCACCCCGAGCCCCCACCCCCCAGCCGCCCCCCCGCCAGCCUGGACCCCGACCUCUUCUUCACGGCCCCCUCCACCCCCGUGCGGACGGGGGGGCCGCGCCCGAAGGCCGAGGAGGACGGGGGGGACGCGGAGAGCGAGGGGCUGGGCUCGCCCCCCACCUCCCCGUCCGGCUCCUACAUGACGGCCGAGGGGGGCAGCUGGGGGUCCUCGGGGACCGCCAGCACCUCCCCGUCCUGCUCCCCGAACCUCCUGGCCGAGGCCCCCGACGGCGAGGCCGGGCCGGCGGCCUUCACGCACCGCUCCCCGUCGUCCUCCUCCUCCUCCGAGGAUGAGGACGCGGCGUCGGCCGGGCAAGAGGAGGAGGAGGAAGAGGAGGAGGAGGAUGAAGAGGAUGAAAGCAGCGGGCAGGCGCUGGUGGAGGAAGGCUCGGAGCUGCCCCAGGUGGCCCCCGCCGGCCUCAUCCCCGCAGCGCUGCUGCCUUUCCGCGGCAGCCUCCUCUUCGAGGCCGAGGCCGUGGAGAUCACGCUGGUGCCGGCCGAGGCGGCGGCCGAGCCCCUCUCCGGGGAGGAGGAGGAGGACGAAGAGGAUGAAGAGGAAGACGAGGAGGAGGAAGACGAAGACCCCAGCACCUCGGCCUCCUUCCUGCGCUCGCUCUCCGAGACCUCCAUCAACGAGGGGGUGGACGAGUCCUUCGCCUUCCGCGACGACACCUCGGCCUCCUCCGACUCGGCCUCCUAUGACGGCGAGGAGGACGAGCGGCUCUACGGCACCGAGCGCCACGCGCUGGGAGGGGCGGGGGGGCCCCCCCCGGCCACCGCCACCCCCGGUGACACCGAGCCCUCCUCCGAGGCCUCCGGGGACAUCGAGCUGCACCUGCGUGGCGGCGCCGCGCAGCCCGACGGGACGGGCAGCGGCAGCGUCACCCCCGGCGGGGAUGAGAGGGCAUCGCCAGGAGGGUCCCCACGGCACGAGGCAGCCCCCAGCCCCCCCAUUUUGGAGGCACCCCCCAGCACUGAGGAGGACCCUGAAACCACGUGCGUGGAGCUGGGGACGCUGGGUGUGGAGCAGGAUGGUGCCCACCCGGUUGUAGAAGAGGAAGAGGAGGUUGAGGAAGAGGAGGAGGCUCUCACCACAGAAGUCAGCGUGGAGCCGAUGGGCGAGACCUUCAGCUCCUCCUCAUCCUCCUCGGAGCUGGAGGAAGCCUCCACCCUGGAGCCCGAUGUCCUGCAAGAACCAGGCCCUGUCCCAGAGGAGCCUCCCCCCACGGAGGCCGCUGUCCCCAUGGAGUCUGUGCCCCCGGAGGAGGUGGUGGAGGUGACACCAGAGGUGGUGGAGGCCCAGCCGGAGGCUGACCCCGGCACGAGGCUGGAGCCGGAGGCCGCAGCGAGCGGCAGCACCCCGCAGUCCCCCUGUGCUGGGGAGACCAAAGACCCCCAACCCGAUGGGCCGGGGGGGGAUGCCCCCACACUGCCUGCCACGAAUGGUGACCAUGAGCUUGAUGCCACCACACUGGAGACCCCUGAGCCUCCGUGCCCGCCUGAGCAAGGUGACCCCGACAGCCCGGACCACGAGGCCGGUGGCCACGAGGACGGCAGGACGGACCCCACGGCAGCACCCAGCCUGGGUGAGGAUGUCCCCGACCUGCAGGAUGGCGUCACGGAUGAGGCCCCUGAGCAGGAUGAGGCCCCUGAGCAGGAUGAGGCCCCUGAGCAGGAUGAGGCCCUCCAUGAAGACGGGGAGGCCUCGGGCAGCGAGUCCCUGCCGCUGGCCGCGAGCGAGGGCGGCAGUGACACUGCUGAGGCCCUGGAGGAGGCGCCCAGCCCCGUGCUGGGGGACGCGGAUGAGACGAGGGACGCGGACGAGCCCGACGCCGCCUCCGAGGACGAAGCCUCCAGCGAGGACCUUGAGCGGGAGCAGAGCCCGGAGCCGGCCUCGGCCAGCGCGGAGGCCGAGUGGGAUGCCACCGCCUCCUCCUCCUCCUCCUCCGAGGACUCGUCGCCGGAGCUGCUGGACACCUCGCGCUCCCGCACCGACUCCAGCUUCUUCACCGCCCCCGAGGACAGCGCGGGGGAAGCGGCCGCUCCCGGCCUCCCCUCCCCGGCCCCGCGGCCCUGCAUGGCCCUCUGCCUGCUGCCCCCGGCCUCCGCCCCCCCGCCGCUGCGCUUCACCGCCUCGGAGCGGGAGGUGUACGUGGGGACCCCCCCGGCCCCCCUCGAACUGCUCCCACCACCACCAUCACCACCACCACCACUCGGUGCCUUGCCGGAGAGCGCGGAGGACCGCCGGCACGUGGCCACCAUGCUGCAGGGCGCCUUCGGGGACCUGCCGGCACCGCAGCGACCGGGGGGGCCCGGACAAACUCCCCCCGCUGCUGCUGCUGCUGUGGAGCCUCCGCAGCCUCCCCAGGCUGAGGCCGAAGCCGCCGUCGCCACACCUGAACCCAAAGAGCCCCAGGAGCCGGGCGAUGCGGGGAGCCCCCCGUGCGCCCCUCCGGCCUGCCCCACGCAGGACGAGGAGCCCCCGCUGCUCCCCCCCGGUGAAGAACCCGAUGCCAAAGUCCCGGUGGAGGGCGAGCACCCCCCAGCACCCCCUGAGCACACGCCCAGCCCCGAGGAGGGUGGGGAGGGCGGGGAGGCCACCCCCAGCCCCACCGAGGCCGUUUUGGUGCCCUCAGACCCCCCAGCAGAGCCCAGCUCCCCCGAGGACCGUGCACCCCAAGAGGUCCUGGCGGUGCCGGCCGAGGUUUCGGUGCCGGCCGAGGUUUCGGUGCCGGCCGCCUGCCCGCCGCUCUCCAAACUCAUCCAAGUGCCUCCUCUCUCCUCCUCGCCACCGCGCUCGGAGGACACCUCAGGGCUCGCCGAGCGGCCGGAGGAGCGUCCGUCUGUCCCGCCGGCCUCCAGGAAGCGGCUGGAGGCGCCGGAGCCGUCCCCGCAGAAGGAGAAGGCGCGGGGCAGGAAGGCGCCGGGCGGCACCAAGGGCGCGCGGGGGCCGGAGGCGGCGGAGGGGGGGCCCCGCCGGGCACCCCGGGGCUCGGUGCAGUCCGAAUCGAGCUCCUCCAGCGAGGCCGAGCUGCCCUACCGCUGCCCCGGCGCCGCCGAGCACCUGCCCGCCAUCGCCCUGCUCGAGGACAAGGCAGCGCCGCGGCGGGGCGAGGCCAACCAUAAAGGGUCGUGCAACGAGUCGGAGAGCAAUGACGAGUCCAUCCCGGAGCUGGAGGAGCCCGAGGGCGCGGAGCCGCGGCCGGCACAGACCCAGGCACCGCUCACCCACUCGCUGGGCACCGGGGAGGAGAGCAUCAGCAAAGCCAAGCAGAGCCGGAGCGAGAAGAAGGCCAGGAAGGCCAUGUCCAAGCUGGGUCUGAGGCAGAUCCACGGCGUCACCCGCAUCACCAUCCGCAAGUCCAAGAACAUCCUCUUCGUCAUCACCAAGCCCGACGUCUUCAAGAGCCCCGCGUCCGACAUCUACAUCGUCUUCGGGGAAGCCAAGAUCGAGGACCUGUCGCAGCAGGUGCACAAGGCUGCGGCGGAGAAGUUCAAGGUGCCCAUGGAGCACUCGCCGCUGAUCACCGAGACGGCGCCCGCCCUCACCAUCAAGGAGGAGAGCGAGGAGGAGGAGGAGGUGGACGAGACGGGGCUGGAGGUGCGGGACAUCGAGCUGGUCAUGGCCCAGGCCAACGUCUCGCGCCCCAAAGCCGUGCGGGCGCUCAGGCACAACAACAACGACAUCGUCAACGCCAUCAUGGAGCUGACCAUGUAG